AUGUCGCGAUAUGCCCGGUCUGACUGGAACGGUGCCUUAUUACCGGCAACGGCAGGUACCGGUAGUACAGGGCCGGGCCGAGGCAGACAUGUGGGCCCGACGGUGGGAAGGACAGUUGGCCGGAUUAACCGGACGCCCCGACUCCACCUGGUGGGCGGAGCCUGGCUGGUCAGGGCGAAAGCGACAUGCGUCAGAGGAUUGAAUAAUCGAAUAGUCCCCGUCUGGUACCCCGGCCCGGAGACUUCGGGGCAUGACGAUAUCAGCAGCUGUGGCAGUGGCGGGCCCUCUGUCCUCUUCUCGCCAACCUGGAGACAAGAGAGCGAUCUAAGCCGAAGGGAUGUGACGGCCACCUGCAAUCGGCGUGACGAAAUUGCCUAUCCCCUGCAUGGCCGAAAUCUGCGCCCCGAAGCGACCUUUUGA